AAAUAAAGGCGGAAUUGAAUCUAUGUUCUCCACUACAUUCAAGUCUCCUUCCCGAAAUGUUAGGGGUAGUGAAUAUAUUUCCUUCAAAGGCAGUGGACACGAGGUCGUGGUGAAGAAAGCGUGACGAUGUGUUGCCGGGUCGGCCUUAUUGUAAAAUGCUUGCUUUCGGAAGCGUGGCGCAACUGUGGUUGAGCCUCCCGUGCUUCACUUCCUCGACUCUGCCUGGCGCAGCCGCAACGAGGUCGCAGUUAGGGAACCAACUCACCGCAGCCAGCACUUGCAGUUUCUAGAGCUUCUUCUUUCUUUCUCUUUUUUUAGUUUUAAGAACAUAUUUCCCCGAUCCAUUUCCUGUCAUCACUCCUGGCGAGCAUAUUAUGAAGAUCAUCACCAUCAUCCUGGUGCUGGUACUUCAGCUCGUCGAUGAGGGGUUCACGGGCUUGGCAACUACCCUAGUACAUCGACUACUUCUUGUAGCCUCUUCAGACCUGUAGUCGGGCGCUGCUGCUAAAGCUCUUCCGCGGUGUUGGUGUUGGCUUUGAUGUGCUAGCUUCACUUCUACAGCGCUCUGCCUCUACUUCUGUUGAGGAUCACUUCAAAACGAGGGUUCUUCUCAUGGAUAGCAGAGACUUGGUCGUAGAAGUUGCGUGCAGCGUAUCUGGAAAGAGAGACAAACUGUCGGAAGCUUUGAAACGACCGUUGCUUCGGAACGCUGCCGCGGAUCUGAUCUCGACAAGAGUCCCUCGGCUGUUUCUUUGAUGUACUUAGAAAGUGGCCUUUAUGUUUGGAGUCGUCGGUGGUCAUGUCUAUUGAUGAAUGCGAAGACAAUUUACUUCAUGACAAUAGACUGCUGGUAACUUGGAAGACGUAGAGCAGAAAAUUGCACUGAAUAAGCGGAACUUGUAGUAAUUGUUUAGUGUAUCUCCUAUCCCAAUUAUGAACUCGAGUUUAGCAUCCUUUAGUUGCGGAUAGGAACCACUUGGAUUUCAAAUUCUGUGACUCGUUCAAUAUGUGUUUGUUCAGGCGACCUAAGUUGCCGAAACGGGCACCUUCUCAGGUAUCGCCGCCAGCCAGCGCUUCAGCCAUGAAUUUGAAGAAUAGAAAAGUAGAAGAUGAUAGUGGCUUCGAUUUGAGUGCUAGUAGUAUGAUCAGUCCAUCCGAGUUGUCCAAGGAGUCCAAAGGUUCUGGAGGAACGCAGGGUUCUGUGAGCAGUGCAUUAUCUCUGGCAAGCUUGAAGGGUAUGCUGUCAGAUGGUGCGCGCUUUUUCACGUACAAGGACAUACUGAAGGCAACGAAGAAUUUUAGCCCAGAUAAUAAUCUUGGAGGAACCACGUUCCGGGGCACGAUUGCGGGGAAGGAUGUCACAGUUGUUGUGGAGAAGAGGACACACGUGGAUGUCGAUUUUGUUGCCGAAGUCAGGAGUAUCUGCAACCUACACCACUCUAGUCUUGUAAGACUUAUAGGUGGUUGCAUGAGUGGGGAUCAGUCGUAUCUUGUGUUCGAGUAUAGCAAUGGUGCAAAUUUGCGCCAGUGCUUGGGUAGCAGUUUAGCCCCAGACGUCGCGAUACUGACAUCGUGGACUGAAAGGCUUCGAGUUGCCCUUGAAAUAGCGAAGGGGAUUGAAUAUCUUCACGAGCAUACUUCCCCGCCUUCUGUACAUAAAUAUAUCAAAAGUACCAGCAUAAUCUUGGACAAUGAGUUACACGCUAGGAUCGCCAAUGUUGGAAUUGCAAGAAUUCGAGGAGAAACGGCGUCAGAGCCUGAUUCACCAAGCGUGAAUGAGAAGAAACAACUCGACGAGAACCCUAGUUCGGAACGGCAAGAGAGGGGGGCUCCUGGUGGACGAGCUUUGAGACUCUUGGUUGGACGGCCGCGCAGCAUCAAGAUAACGGGAACACAUGGUUAUAUGGCCCCUGAGUAUGCUCACAAUGGAGUUGUCACCCCAAAGCUUGAUGUGUAUGCCUUUGGGGUUGUUUUAUUAGAGAUUCUGUCUGGACAGGAAGCUGUAAAGGUCCAGCGAAGUCCUACAGAGAAUGUUCUGAAGAAAACUGUCCUACCUGAGGUGAUAGCUGCCAUAUUUUCCGACGAUGAUCCCAGAGCUAGGGUUCGAGCGUGGAUUGAUCCGGUGCUUAGGGAUAAAUUUUCAUUAGAUUGUGCAUACAGGGCUGCCCUUGUAGCCAAAAAAUGCGUGGAGAAAAAUCCUGACAACAGGCCGAUUAUGCGCAACGUGACUCUCAAUCUUGAACAAAUUUACUCAGCCUCGAAGCAAUGGGCGGACCACACUCUGGCAGCUAAGAAUUUGUUGACGUCUUCAUUCAAUGGUCGAUGAACCUUCCCUGUCAUGAUCCCAUGGUAUGUCCACAGAUGAAACUCACGACUCACCAAGUGUAUCAUACACUUCACGCAUUCUUAAUUUUGAUCCCCUACUCGACAUUUUUGCUUUUC